AUGGCGACGCAUGAUGCCACCCCUGAAGAUACUGCCCUCGUCGCCUCUCACCCUGCCGAAUGCGUCUCCCAAUUCUCCUUGGACCCUCUCGCCGCGUCCAUGCUACGCUUCUACAACCUCCUCGCCACGACCGGCCACUGGCCCCUCUUCAGCAUCCACGUGCCCCCACAAGCACCACUCUCGCCGUCUCUAACGGGGUCCCUCCGGCUCAGCCCCUCGGCUCUUGGCGCCCACACACACCUGCCCUUUCCCAAUGACCGCGUGGUGUACGACCGGCGGGCCGCACUCUUUCCACGCAACCGCUUCCUCGACCUGACCGAUCCGGAGGACCUUGAGAAAUCCCGCGACCCUACGUACUCUGACUCUGGCGAUUCCCUACCACCACACAUUCUCACCCUGGCCAUGCCGCGCGCUGACGGUUCCCUGGUGCUCCUAGACACCGAGAUCGGUGCCAUCUGGCACUACCACAUCUCCAUCGCCGAGGGAAUUGCGUGGCGGGACAGUGCCGAAUACCGCGUUGCGCGCCAACAACAGCGCGGCCCCGUUCCGACGAACAACGAUGCCUUGAAGCAAGAGGAGCUCGACAUGGAGCCACUGCAUUUGUAUGCCUUUCUCCCGCCUACGCCGGCGGCGGAAUGGUUCGAUGCGCAGUACGCGCGGUGGCAUUCCCUGCGGCGGCUGCCGUUCCUGGACCCGGAGUACGAUGGGGAUCGGGACAUGGAUCUGGAUGAGGUAGGGCCGCCAGGGAGCUUUCGGCGGAGUUUGUGCGAGAGGAAGCAGUCCACUGCGGUGGAGUUGAUGGGGCAGUUCGGGUGGCCUCUGAAGACGGAGGAAGGCGGGGGUUGGGACCGAGAGGGGUUCGUGCGCGCGUGGGAGGAGGCUGAAAAGGGGUUGCACAGGGAGGCGCUCGCGGAGGUUGACAGGGACUUGGAAGCGAGAGGAGAAUUGGACGGGUGA